AUGCUCGCCGCUCAACUCCUCGCCAUGCUCGCUGUGUCUAUGCCCGCGCUCGCGCUCUCGGGUUAGUAAUUUUCUUCCAUCGCCUUAUUACGGUCUAUAUCACAAUUGUCCCUGACGUGUGCUGCGGCCCAUGCUGUAUCAGAGACAGCCUCCACAGGCCUUGACCAACGCAGCUUGCAGCGCGACGCCUCCGCCCACCUCGCCCUCGCCCGAGCGCGCGCUGCGAAACGAUCCACAGCGACCGCCUCCGAUCUAGCCAAGCGUGCCUUUGAUGGUGCCUACGCCGCCAUUGGGCUAACCCGAAGGGACUUUGCCGAUCAUUCGGUCUUGAGCAAGCGCUUGCAACCAAGGAUUCGUUGCCGACUGGGCCGAGAAAGUGAGUUGAGGAUAUGUUGUUCGCUCAUGCGCAUAGCGGAGAAUGACGCAUGGAAGAAAGUUAUACUUAUUUUUCUGGUCUCCACGCCCACCGUGCCCACCUUCCAUCGUUGCAGGCGACGCCCAAGCCAAAGCCGACACUCUGCGCUCGCCAGCUGAGGAACAAGCUCGACUAUGACCCCAAGACGGCGAACGUCAAGUGCAACCAAGUGUGUGAAGUCACCUGCAACGACGGAUACACCGCUCAGCGAUCGGACAGGGCGACUGCUUGCAUCAAGAAUGUCGACAAGUGCAGGAACAAGACGUGCGCCCAGGACAGCAACGGCGUCAGUUCGUGCAACGAUGGCAAGUGUUCUCUCGAAUGCACGACUCGCGGCUAUAGCCUCAGCAAGGCCGGCACGGCUUGCAUCGCUUUAGGUUCGGACGCCAACAACUGCAGUGCUGUGAGUCACGUGUUGUUGCGCUCCUGCGCUUCCCCUUUUGCUCUGGUUCCGCGCCUGUUCUGACCAUCUGUGCUUCGCGGAUAAACAAUCACUGUGCAACGCGCUCACGAUGCAGGAGGGCAACAAAUGCAAGGCAUCUUACGAUGGACGUUUCGCUGCCACCUGCGAAAAUGGCGAGUGCUCGUUGGGUAAGUACUCACUGCGCUGCUUGCAGUUCUUGGCUUCGGCAUCACGCUCCGUUGACCGACCCCUAUCCCCCAUUGCGGCCCCGUCCCUCCGCAGACUGCCCCAGUGGUUUCAAGGCCGGCAUGAACAAGCGCAAGCAGUCGACUUGCGUUCGUGGCUAA